UUUAUCCAAUUGGUAUUGAUCCUGCAUGGCAUGGAUCGGAUAACUUUUUGGUUUUUACCAAUUCGUAUAAGAUGAAAAUGUCAGUUAUCCUAGGUGUUAUCCAGAUGAGUUUUGGUAUCGUCCUUACGGUGUAUAAUUAUACUUAUUUUAAAAAACGAUUAAGCAUCUGGGCUGAGUUCAUUCCUCAAAUGUUAUUUAUGCUAUGCAUAUUUGGCUACCUUGUAUUUACAAUAAUAUUAAAGUGGUCUGUCGACUGGCAUAAACGUGAUGAUAAUGGUAAUUUGGUUUAUGGUGCGCCUCCAGGAUUAUUAAAUAUGUUGAUUUAUAUGUUUUUACAACCCGGUGUU